AAUUUCUCGAUACUCGACAUUUGCAGUAGUUCGCGUUCGGUGCGAAGUAAAGCGUUGUGCUGCGUGUGGAAAAACAGGCAGGCAAUGCCCGGAUUAGUUGCAAUAGAGUGUGUUGCGCAGGCCUUUCGUAUGGCAACCAGAUCGCCUGAUCCCGAUCGGAAACUGGGUAAGUCAAUGUCUUUUUCUAAACAAAAAGACAUUAAGACAGCUAAUAACACGCAGAUUGAUCUGUGUUUGUUAUUAUGGACAUGGGCGGUGCCAUUAACGAUCUGCGCGAUCGUCUCGAAGCAUCACUUGAGUCCCCGACCAAGAUCCGCGAUAUGACCAUCUUCACGUGCUGUGUUGACGAACUGGAGCGUUUAUCAUCACCCAUGCAGUUAACCAAGAAGGACCUCCUGGAAUCCCGCAUCGGGAAGACCAUUAAUGAUCUCCGCCGCGAAUUGCCCAGUAAGGAGGGCAAAUUGGCCAAACGGCUCAAAGCGCUCGUCCGUAUCUGGUCCACCCGGCUGAUCGAAUCCGAAGAGCCGACGUCCACACCUCCGACGUUAAUCGCCGCUCCGGAGAACGGCACCACGGUUCCUAGUUCCCCCGUUAUCCCCAACGGCGUGCUGACGACGGCCGCCACCACCCGGACGGCUCCCGUCAAGCCCCCCGAGGCGGACGCCGUGUCGCCCAAGGUGGGUCGGGCCAAGAGCCAGCUGACGAUCACGCUGAAGCGGUCCCGCGCCGCGGCGGAGGAGCCCCCGGCGGUCGUUAAGAAGCCGCGCGUCGAUAGCCGCCCCAACACGCCCGACUCCCCGGGGAAUCCGCUGACGCCGGACGCGGCGGGGAUACCGUCGCGGAUCCUACACCGUCCCAAAGUGAAGACGCACGACCAGAUCCUCAAAGACCUGCAGGCCAAGAAUCCCGACCUGCUGCCGGCGGAGAAGCCCGUUGACAAGGUCCCCUGUGAUGUAACGCUCAAAUCGUCUGUGAUUGCCGCCAAAGAGGAGGAUAUGGAGGAGCCCGCCGGACCGUCCGGACCCCGCGUCGAUCCCGUGGACGCGGAGCUGGCGGAUAUUCUGAAGAAUCUACCGCCGUUGAGUGCCGCCGAUGGGCCCCUCUCCUGGGAUGUCGAUGAGGCGUCCACGUCGGCGACGACGACGUCCAGCGGGGAGGUGGCCCGGGGCACGCGAGACGCCGACGGACACCUGCACAAUUACACGGAGGCCUUUGUUGAUCGGAUGCAGAGCGGUGAGAAAGUGGUGGUCUUACCGUAUGUCUAUUUUCCAUUCCCGCGACCGUGAUCCAGAAAAAGCUGUACAGUUGUCCAUUUUGUCAGAUUUGACAGUCUUGAUAGUUCGUCUCUUCAGUUUUAUCAAGAUUAAUUGAUCUGUUUAUUUUUGUUACGUAUCGUUGGUUGGCACCGUGGGCAACCGCUUUCACACACACACGCAAUUGGGUUGUGAACCUCUUUCCCUGUUUGCUAAAUUAGCAACAACAGAGCGUUUUGUUUCUCAUGGUAGGAUUUUUUUGGACGAAAGUUGUGUUAUUUGGCAAAGUAUUUUUCUAGAAUAGUUGGAAUGGUGUUCGAAAUGUAAUUAUUAAAGGAAGUUUGUUG